AUGCCCCAUCACGCAAAGGCAGUUCUGCAGUCGGGCGGAAGCUGGAAGGGACGCGGUGAUCUGGCGUCUGAUGCGUUCCGUGCCGGUGCUCAUGGCGGAUUCCAACCCCCCACCACGCCGAGACAGUUCUACAGUCGGGUGGAAGCUGGAAGGGACGCGGUGAUCUGGCGUCUGAUGCGUUCCGUGCCGGUGCUCAUGGCGGAUUCCAACCAUCUAACCACAGCCUAG